AUGAGUUAUUAUUCACAGAGUACAUUACGACCAGAGAAGGCUGUAUAUGCGGAGAUGCGGACUGGCGUCAUUAAGGUCACCGCAGUCGAGAACGAUAAGACGCCUCGGUCGCUAAUCAUUCUGACUGGAUUGAAGACCCUCUUUCAAAAACAGCUACCCAAGAUGCCAAGGGAGUAUAUCGCCCGAUUAACGUUCGACACGAAUUCGAAGGCGCUCGCAAUUAUCAAACACGGCUACAAGGUAGUAGGCGGUAUUUGCUAUCGACCGUUCCCGCAAAGAGGGUUCGCAGAAAUUGUCUUCUUCGCCACAGCCUCCGUCGACCAAGUCAAGGGCUACGGUGGCAUGCUCAUGAACCAUUUCAAAAUGCACAUCCGGAAAACGUAUCCAGAUAUGAUGCAUUUCCUUACAUACGCAGACAACUACGCAGUGGGAUACUUCCAAAAACAAGGUUUCUCAAAGCAAAUUACUCUAGAUCGUGCUGUAUGGGCUGGCUAUAUCAAGGACUACGAGGGUGGAACGAUCAUGGAAUGCCAUAUGCUACCUAAAGUCGACUACCUCAACACACAAGAACUCAUUGCGCAGCAGCGUGAAGCAAUCCUUACGAAGAUCCGACAAAUGAGCAAGAGUCACGUCGUUCAUCCUGGGUUACCACAAUUCCAAGAGGGGAUGCCAGAAGGUAUCACAGUCGACCCACAAGACGUCCCAGGUUUACGAGAGACAGGUUGGACACCAGACAUGCAAGCCGAGAUGUCCCAGCUGUAUUACGCCAAAAGCCCGUUGUAUUCGGCUAUGAGUCGCAUCCUCGUGGAACUCCAGAAUCACUCCGCGUCGUGGGCGUUUCGCGAACCUGUCAACCCCGAGGCCGUACCAGAUUACUAUAGCGUCAUCAAGAAUCCCAUGGAUUUUAGUACUAUGGAACAUAAACUCGAACACAACCUAUACCCAACUAUGGAUUCCUUCGUAGCAGACGCCAUGCUCGUGUUCCGAAAUUGCCGGACAUAUAACCAGGAAGGCUCGGUGUACUAUAAGAACGCAAUGAAACUCGAGAAGCUACUGAAAGAGCACGUCCAGAAGGUCGAAAUCGAGUGA